AUGGCCUCUGUCGAUGCGGAAAUGGAUGUCGGCGACCACGGUGGUGGGUCGGAGGUAGAGAAAGCAGUUGAAGGUUUGCUUUUUAUGCAACAAAAUUCUAAAAUUAGAUCGCGCCAGAAUUCGACAUCGUCCCUUGAUUCAGAUCCAGCAGCGAACAAAGUCCCGCCCUCAACUCGGUCGAAAAUUUCGCUUGACCCCAAAAAUAGCAACCAGAAGCCUGCAAAGUACGGAAAUUUUGAUAAAGGAAAUUGUCCAGUUUUUAUCCAGCGUGAUCCGAGUUCAACGGAUGCAAACAAAGAUCUCAACCACAUUUCUAUCGGCAAGACACUGCACGCGCUUUACCCCGGUAAAGUCGUCAGUAUCCACCCAAGCGGUCGUGGUAAGGUGCGUGUUGUAAUGAACAGUGGUAGGGCCGCUAAUCAAAUCGUCUCGGACCCCACUUUAAAAUCAAAAGGUUUAGUUGCGUUAAUUCCGAAUAGCUUUGUCACAUGUCAGGGUAUUAUAAAUAAUAUCGGUCUGGACAUCUCUAACGAGGAAAUUUUGGAGAAUGCCGAAGUUUUAGGUCAAAUCGGGAAAGAUUGCAAAAUAAUCAAUGUUAUGCGUUUCAACAGGAAAGUCGUUAAUGAGGCCAAAGUUGUCUCACAUGAACCAUCUACCACCGUGCUUCUUACCUUCCAAGGUACAACUCUCCCGGAACGCGUUGCAAUCUUCAAAGGCUCUAGUCCGGUCCGUCCUUACGUACCCGAUCCCCGCAUGUGUUUGAAAUGUUUCCGUUUUGGACACAUAGCAAAAAAUUGUCGAUCCAAAGCUAGAUGCCAACAAUGCGGUAGCACAACCCCACACGACGAUUCAAACAAAUGUCCCCAAACUUCGGAUUCCCCAACUUGCCUGCAUUGCAAAGGUCCACACAGGACAUCUUCAAAACUCUGCCCAAAGUUCGUCGAACAGAAGGAAAUUCGCUAUUACGCGACAAUGCACAGAUUGUCCUUCAGUGAAGCACGACAAUUCCUCAGUCUAAAAACAACCUCGAACCUCUCGAGUUCUUUUAACUUUUCUGAGUUUCCAGAUCUGGGAGAUUGUCCAACGCCGUCAUCAGUUCAGCCUACAAAAACGCAAUCCCAGUCUCGUUCAUACUCACAAACAGCUCAACAACAAAACUUUACUCAUCCAUCCUCCACAAACAAAACUCACAAACACAAAAACAUGACAAAACCUUUAAGAAGCUCCGCUUCUUCAUUCUUUGCCUCCAAUUGGGACAAUGGAAGAUCGAAAUCAUGCUUCCAAACGGUUUUGCUCUCUCAAACUUCACACAAGCAUCUCUACCUCUACCACCUUCUACAUCUUCUAACCACUCCUCUUUACCAAACCUAG